GCAAAAAUGGAAGUUUGCUAGUUAGACUGAAACCCAUGGAGGACCUGCCUGCUAUAAACUCAGUCAUCUGGAUGAAUGAUGCUCCAAAACUUCUUGAACUAUUGCAGGAACAGCCUUCUGACACUCUGAGUAUACCAGACAAAGACGGCUGGAUACAUUUGCAUGAUGCUGCAUACUAUGGCUAUGAGGAAUGUUUGAGAGUGCUAGUGAAAGCCUUUCCUAAACUAAUCGACAAACGUACCAACAAGCACCACACACCUCUGAUGGUGGCUGCUGCCAACAAAAACUUGUUGUGUAUCCAGUGUCUUCUUGAGGCAGGAGCAGAUCCCAAUAUGGCCAACCACCUAGGAGAAUCCCCUCUCUACAAAGCUUGUGAAAGAGAAACUGAGGAAAUAGUGGAGCUUCUACUGAUGUUUGGAGCAAAGGUCUCACAGGCCGACGUGAAAGGAGAGACACCAUUACAUAUAGCCGUGCAAAACCAAAAUCUUGGUAUCUGCAAGCGUCUAGUGACAGCUGGAGCAAAUGUAAGAGCCAGGAACACCUAUGGCAUUGAACCACUAUUCAAGGCUGCCCAGAUAGGAAGCACCGAAGUAUUGAACAUCCUCAUCGAACAUGGAGCCUAUUCUGACUGUCAAGCUAGGGAUGGAGCAACACCUUUGUUUGAAGCAUCCAAGAAUGGCCAUGAAGAGGUGGUGAUGCAGCUUCUGUCUAAAAGAGCAAAUGUGAACAAAACAACCAAAGCAGGACUAACUCCUCUACACAUCGCUUCAAAGUAUGGACAUGCUAGAAUUGUGUCCUUACUGAUUCCACAUACGGACAGAGUGACCAUGCUAGACAGUGGCAUUAGUCCACUUCACCUCGCAGCAGAGCAUGACAGAGAGGCAAUCUUGGAGAUUCUCAUUGAUGCGGGCUUUGACAUCAACAAUGUGCUGAAGUAUGACCACUCCCAGAUCUAUGAUGACCGGUGCUGCUCGGCCCUCCACUUCACUGUACGCAACAGCAACAUAGACGCAGCCUCCAUGCUGCUGGAGGCAGGUGCUGACCCCAAUCUGGAUAUUUUCAAUCCUCUGCUGGUAGCCGUGAGAAAGGGAGAUUUGCCGAUGGUCUCUUUGUUGGUGGAGUAUGGUGCCAAUGUGAAUGCCUGUGUGCCAACAUUCCCCACUACUUUUCCAGGGGCUCUGCUGUUUUGUAUGAAGCACACACCAAUGUUCAAGUUUCUGCUCGACUAUGGAUGUGACGCCAACACCUGUUUCUCAUGUGUUUAUGGAGACAGUCCACAUCCUCCAAUAAAGAACCGGCUUACUACCAGGGAUGAGCUGGACCUCGAUGAAAUUCCUCAAAGCGAAGCUGCACAGUUCUGCGAGAUUAUAGCUUAUCCCCUUUACACCUAUUGGGCAGGACCUAUACUUGACCGUCUCCUUGACUACACUGGUCCUGUGAAACUGUGUUCUAGAAUCAUAGAACUUCUUGAGAGCAACAAGGACUGGGUGCACAUCAAAGAAAAAUCAAAGCCACCCGCCUGCCUGAUGCAUCUGUGCCGAGUGAGGAUCCGUCAGCUGGUGGGAAGGCAGAGACUGAGGAGAAUGACCAGCCUUCCUCUGCCUGGACGACUCAUCAAGUACCUGCAAUACGACAACGGAGACUCUGAGAAUCUCCAUUCCUACUUUUUUGAUUGA